CUUGGGCGUGGCCCUGCUCAACAUCCGCAUCCCCCUGCUCCUGGGGGAGCUGGUGAACGUGGUGGCGCGCUGCACCCAGCAGCAUGUGGGGAACUACCUGCGGGAGGUGCGCCGGCCUGCCCUCCGCCUGCUCCUGCUCUACAGCCUGCAGGGGUUGCUGACCUUCAGCUACAUCGUGCUGCUGGCGCGGGUCGGGGAGCGGGUUGCCGGCAGCAUGCGCAAGACCCUCUUCACAUCCCUGCUGCGGCAGGACGUGGCGUUCUUUGAUGCCAACCGGACAGGGCAGCUGGUGAAUCGGCUCACGACCGACAUCCAGGAGUUCAAAUCCUCCUUCAAACUCGUCAUCUCCCAGGGCCUGCGCAGCGUCACGCAGACUGUGGGCUGCUUCGCCUCGCUCUACCUGCUCUCGCCCAAGCUGACCGGGCUCCUGCUGGUGGUGAUGCCCAGCCUGGUGGGCGCCGGCGCCCUGAUUGGUUCCGUCCUGCGCAGCCUAUCCCGCCAGGCCCAGGAACAG